CUUCAUGUGAGGCAUAGGCUAUGGUUUUCUUUUUCACAAAGUAAAAAAAGUAACAGAUCAAACAGGCCAUCUAGAAUGCUGCAUAAUCCACAUAGUCUCAUUCAUUACAUACGCUGGACAUCACCCAUGAAGAAUUAGAGAACUGAAUUGUGUGCCAAUCCGACAUAAUACUUUCUAAAUCUAUCAAUGCUAUAUCAAGCUUGCGCUAGACUUUGAGAGUGAAAAAGUGCUAUGGUCUUAUAUUUAUCCCGUGCGGGAUUACUGUUGCUCGCCCCAGCAGCCUAUUGACAGUUCCGCUCAAGUCAAGUGCGUCACCACCGGUCACCAGAGCCGUAGACACAGUUGGGAAAGUAGCCUAACACCGAGGCGGCACAGAAUGCGGUCUGUUGCGAUGAGGUAACUUUUACCGAAAUUACAGUCAACAUGCAGCGGUCUCGGAUUGGACAGACAUCAGUCAGGACAACGUAUAUUACUAUAGCCUAUUAAAACGGACUAUGGAUUUUCAAGGCUUGCUGCGCUGACAAAUCAAUCUUAUGAAAGCGCAUGCCAAUGCGCUUAACAUGUAGUUGGAAUAACGUUGGCUAUCCAUUGCAUUUUCGUUUGGAUACAAGGAACUUAUAAACAAGUUCAAUGGAAUUGGAUCAACCAAAUAUUGAAGAUAACAUUUUUGUCAGAUAUUUUUCCUGUGGGAUUAAUGUUGGCAUUUUUCUGCUUUAAUCAUUUUUGUAUAUUUUGCAUUACAUUACACUUGCGAUAUAUAUAAUACAACAAAGCUGUUGUAUUUGUCGGAUCCUAAUUUUUCCUAUUCUGGAAUAUGUUUUAUCAAUUUUGAUUUUUCAUUGUGUAGGUUUUUGGAAAAGUGCUUCUUUGUGGAUUAGAAAGGUGACACUGUGUUUUUCUUGAUUUUCACCAAUGAGGCAGCGGUUAUAUUUGAGCAUUGAUAAUUUCAAAUUUUCCUUGUAGAAUUACUUGUCAAUUCUUUCGACUUUUUUUGCCUUUUUUAGUAUCCAAAAUCGCAUAAGCAAUUUGCGCACCCUUAGGAGGGCGAAUAGCAUAGGCCUACAUCUGUUUUUUGGAUCUCCCACUUUGCCUGAGUGAGAGGAGCUGUUAACCCCAAAGAUGCUCCUAAUCUCGCUUUCGGUUAUCCUUGUCCUGCGUGGAUUCCUGAUCUGCGCUGCGGAAGGAAUACAAGAUGACUUUCAAAACGCUGAUACAGUCUCCACAUUCUAUGCGUUCGAUGCCACUGAUCCUUGCUCUGUGGUUAGCCCACCAUGCGAGAGUGAAGCUGACCGCUUCAGCCUGGAGGCCCUGAGGCACAUCCACAGAGAGAUGGAUGAUGACCAGGAUGGCGGGAUAGAGGUGGAGGAGAGUGUGGAGUUCAUAAUUGAGGAUAUGCAACAGCAGCAGCAGAUCAACAAGCACAGCCACCUGCACAGAGAGGACCAGCACAUCACUGUAGAGGAGUUGUGGAGGGGAUGGAAAUCCUCUGAAGUUCAUAACUGGACCCAGGAAGAUGUGUUGCGUUGGUUGAGGGAGUUUGUGGAGCUUCCCCAGUACGAGAGAAGUUUCAAGGAGCUGCGUGUGAAUGGGAACACCUUACCCAGGAUUGCAUCCAAUGAACCUUCUUUCAUGAGUGCCUAUCUGAAGAUUCAGGACCAGCAGCACAAACAGAAGCUUAAACUCAAAGCCCUGGAUGUGGUUCUGUUUGGACCCCUCACACGCCCACCACAUAAUUGGAUGAAGGACCUGCUGCUUAUCGUCUCCGUGGUGAUGGGUGUGGGGGGCUGCUGGUUUGCCCAGGUUCAGAAUAAGGCCUCCAAGGUGCACAUCUCCAAGAUGAUGAAGGAUCUGGAGAGUCUGCAGAGGGCCGAGCUGAGCCUGCGAGAGCUACAGGAACAACUUGAGAGGGCACAGGAGGAGAAACGCACAGUCACGGUGGAGAAGCAGAAUCUGGAGGAGAAGAUGAGGGACGAGAUCCAGGGGGCCCAGGAGGAGGCCAACCGACUCCAUCAGCUCAGGCAGGGGGCCGUGAGCGAGCUGAGCCGCCUGCGCUACGCAGAAGAGGAGCUGGAGCAGGUCCGAGGGGCGCUGAAAAAGGCUGAAAUGGAUAUGCAGACCAGUUGGACGGUUCCCGAUGCUCUACAACUCUGGCUCCAGCUCACCCAUGAGGUGGAGGUCCAGUACUACAACGUCAAGAAGCAAAGCGCUGAGCAGCAACUGGGCAUAGCUAAGGAUGAGGCUGAGAAGAUCAAGAAAAAAAGGAGCUCUGUCCUGGGGACUCUACAAGUGGCGCAUGGUUCUUCUCUCGACCAAAUUGACCACAAGAUCCUCGCGGCCAAGAACGCCCUGGGGGAGGUCACCGCCUGUCUGAGGGAACGUCUCCACAGAUGGCAGCAGAUUGAGCGGUUGUGUGGGUUCCCUGUAAUGAAUAACCCAGGUCUGCCCAGCCUGACUGCCAACCUUUACUCAGAUACUAAUUGGCUGAUGAUGUCCCGUGUCUCUUACUCUGUGCCAGCGGGAGAAGCAGAGUUAGAGGAGGACCUACCACCCAUGAUGGCGCAGAUACCAGUGGCUCCUAUGAAGCGAUCCCCACGGGCUAUGGUUCGUCCGCGCCGGACAGGGCACAUUGUUCAGCCUCCUGUAAUGCUUCCACCUGACCCUGACCUGAUUCCCAUCCGAGCCCCGCUCUCCUGUUAUGGAGACGAUGAAGAGGAACAUAUACAUUAUAUUGCACAACUGACUAAACCGGAAUAUCUGGAGACAUCAUCGGACACAGAUUCAAUGGGAUCCUCUGUUGGCAGGAUUUUUACAGGCUCUGCUCUGGACACGCCCAGCAGGAGACUACUUCGCGAUGAUGUGGACAUGUUCUCAGACAGCACGUCAUGGAAAGUUCCCAAAGAGGAACAGGAGGACAGCAACCCCAAACGGUCGUCCAGAGAGGAGCUUGAUGAGUCCUUAAAAAUGGGCCCCUGGAAAGUUCUGAGAGACGACCAUGGUGUAAUGACCGAGACACCAAAGCGGAAGACUUCUCAGGAGGAGCUUGAUCUUGCCUCUGUGGAUUUGCAAACAAGGGUGGGUGUAAAGGAGGAGCCAGAGAGUGUAACGGAGUUCACCACAAGAAAGAUUGGGUGGGAGAAGCUGGAUACUUCAAUGGAUGCUUCCAUUUGGAAGAAAGCUGAGGAGAAAGCAGACAGUUCUGAAGAUACACAUGUUGGAAUGAUACCAAGAGGGCAUCAGGAGAAUGUCAGUGACAGUCAAAAAGGCAAGGUGCUCAGAGAAAGGAAAGAGAUUGUAGGGGACACUGGGUUCAGGAAGACUUCAAGGGAAGAGCUGGAUGUUGGUGUGGACCCUCCGAGGGGCAAAAUGUUUAGCGAAAGAAAGGAUCCCUGCAUAGACGUCUCCUCAAGAAAAUCAUCCAGAGAUGAGCUUGAUAACUAUUCAGACAGCCAUUUUGGAAAGAUAUUUAGAGAGCCUGAGAUUUCCUUUGAGGCAGCCUCGAGAAAACCUCCCAGGGAUGAUUCUGAUGUGCUCAGUGCUCAGAGACGACGGACAUUCAGAGAUAAGAGGGAUUUUUCCUUGGAUGCAGCCACCACGAGGAAGAUCUCUAGAGAUGAGUUUGACUUUGCCACUGAGAGCCAAAGAAGGAGGACUUUCCGGGACUUCCGAAUUGACAAUUCCAUCGACACACCCACUGGAAAAAUACCAUGGGAUAGAGUGGACUACCUGGUGGAUCCACGUCGCAUUUCCCGCGAGGAGCAUGUAGCCAUGGACAUUGGCCGCUUUGGUCAGCCUGACAUAACCGUGAGCUCCUUGAAGAUGUGGAAGCCGCCGCCUGAUCCCCUGAGCAUGUUGGUGUACGACGGUAUCCUGGAGAAAGCCUACCCCGCCAGUAUGGCUACUCCCGGCACCGCUGACUUCCCCUCACCCCUGCAUGAGCUACCACAAGGCAUGGUGGGAAUGGAGGGUGCAGCCAACCUGACUCCUCACCGCUCCCCAAACGCCUCGCCCCCUGAAUCCAGGAGCGGCAGCCGAGAGAAGACCAGGAAGUCCUCCAAGCUCAAGAGCCUGUUCCAGAAGAAGAAGAAGGACACCAGGUCCUCUUCUCCUGAUGGGACGGUGGGCAGUCUGCAGAGGAUGUGACUAGCGGUCGGCAAACACAAAAACAUUUCCAAAGCCAAAGGCUGGCAGAAGUUGAGACAGGUGUUAGGCAGACCUGCAGAGUCUGACUGAUGCUGUUCUUCAUGUACUGCUAGCUUUCGGGACAGUCCCCUAGACAGCCGCAAAUAUCAUCCAGAUGGAAAUGCACAUCCAUCUGGAUUAAUGGUGGGUCCCACAGGGCUGAAAUAACAAGUGAAGUUCAAAUGGACUGACAGAUGGGCACAGGCUGAACUGAUCAUUUGUGUUUGCCGAUUACAGGUUACGAACUCUCAGAUGAGUUUUUUAUUUAUUUUGUGAACGUUAGUUUGAACAUUCUGGUCGAAUGAGUUCCAUUAUGCAGGUUCAGAGGCACUGAAGUGUGGUCCCAAUGAAACAAUGAUUGCUUAUUGACAUGGCUAGAGCUGUGAGGGUGACGCAACGCCUCAAACAAGAGGACUACCAUGGCCUCAAUGACGGGUUUCACUAUAAUAAUGAUGCUUGUCAGGGUUUUGAGGUGUUAUUGGAUUAUGCCGUUUUAAGAUGAACAUGUUUAGAGUUGAAUGUCUUAAUGCCUUUUCUAACACUGUUUGAUAUCUAUAGAACGUUUAAUGCUCAAAUGUGAGGCUUCAAUGUGAGAAUGCUUUCAAAAAUAAUGAAAUGAAGAGUAAUGGAAGUUUUUAUCUAUUAAAUAAGAACACACAAGGUACAGGACAAAUGAGCAAACAAAAAAGAAUUUGGUGAGACCUCUGUCUUUAAAACAGCAUCAAUUUGCCAAUAGGUAUAAUUGUAUUGAAUACUUUGGAUAAAUUGCCACAAUUCUUUAAUGGAUUAAUCAUGUCUUAAUUCUUUCUGUGUCUUAAUUCUUUCUGCAAUAAUAAUUACUUUUAAAAACGUAUUUUCUUUAACAACAAAAAUGUCUCACUGGGACACCUCAUUAUUUUCAAAAAAGAGUGUUUGGAAAUGUAAAAUGUGUAGAUCUGAAAUCUAAAAUGUUAAAUAUAACAUUGACGUAUUAAUACUAAUAGGAACUGUGUAGAGAGGUGUUCUGUGAAACAAUGAAAGUGCCAAUAUAACUGCCUCCGACUCCCCUGACUCUGCCUUAUGCACACAGAUCUCUUUUGACCCAUUUUUGUGAGAUUAAUGUAGGAGAGACAAUAUUUAGGAAUAUUGUAAUUGUUUACAGACUUAGUAGACCUGUGGAUUUUACAUUGACCAUCAUAUUCAUACAUGAUCAUGUUUUCCAUGAUCAAAACAAUUGUUAAUUAUAAAAAUACGUCAUGGUUGAAGCACUUUACAUUGCAAACUGAACGCUCUUAUGUGCCAGAUAACUGCAUACAAAAUGAACUGUAUUCAACUGCAAUCUGUAUGUAACAUAUAAAAAGGUUGUUAGACCUUUUAACCGUUUCUAAGAUGGAACAGACACAUGGCAUGACAUCCAGACCUUUUAAACAUGCAACUUUCAUUGUGGCCAAUGGUGUCGCCAAAAUGUAAAAUAAAAUAAACAUGUCUUCUUCACACUCUUGUUA